UUAUUAAUCUGCUUCUGCAUCUUUCUUAAAUAUCUUUCAAUUUCCAAAUUCUCAAUUUCUACAAUGGCACCAAAAGGAGAGAAGAAGCCAGCUGAGAAGAAACCUGUCGAGGAGAAAAAGUCCACCAUAGCUGAGAAGACUCCUGCUGAGAAGAAGCCAAAGGCCGGAAAGAAGCUGCCCAAGGAUGGCGGUGCUGCUGCCGGUGACAAGAAGAAGAAGAGAAACAAGAAGAGCGUGGAGACAUACAAGAUCUACAUCUUCAAGGUUCUGAAACAAGUUCACCCAGACAUUGGUAUCUCAAGCAAGGCCAUGGGUAUAAUGAACAGUUUCAUCAACGACAUCUUCGAGAAGCUUGCUGCUGAAUCUUCAAGACUUGCAAGGUACAACAAGAAGCCAACUAUCACUUCAAGGGAAAUUCAGACUGCUGUCAGGCUUGUUCUGCCCGGAGAAUUGGCAAAGCAUGCCGUGUCUGAGGGUACCAAAGCUGUUACCAAGUUCACAAGCUCUUAAACUCAAACCAGUUUUCUAGGUUUAUUUUGGGACGCUAUGUAGUCACCGUUAGACUAAUUUAUAUUUAGCUUUUACCUCUCUAAUGUUGUAAUGUACUAAUGAAUGGGAUCGUGCUGAUCCCUGUUGUGUAUGAAAAUGAUGGAAUUAAUGAUAUUGGAUUUCAAAA